AUGACGUCAAGGAGGGACGUUGAGGCGAUCGAGAGGGUAUGGGUGAAGAUUGCUGAAGAAGAUCGCUUUUUCAAGACCUUGCUUGAUUUUGGCAAUCUGCACAAGGCGGGCUUAAUUUCUGAGGCCAAACAUGCCCGAAGGAAGAAGGAGAAAGAGGUGGAAGAGAUGAGGAACAGGGGUAGGGUGAUGACUGACGCAACAAUGAGGAGGCUGGAGUCUUGGGCACCUCAGCCGAAGAAGAAAGACGGUUCUUCGAAGCCGAGGAUAAAACCUCCGCAUCAGGCCAAAAGGGCUUCGGCUGACGAGGUGUCGGCGAUAGAUCAUUGUCGGGAGAAGAGGGCCACCAAGGCUGAAACCGUUCGGGAGGCCAAUCUCCAAGUGAUGAGGAAGAGGCAUAUCGAAGGUGCCCUCGAUGUGACGCCCUUUCCGAAGAGGCCAAGGGGGCCGAAUGAGGAUGCGGCGAUGAGGCAGAGGGAGAUGCCGAGCUAG